CAAGUCUAAUGGGAUUUCACUUUACGGUAACACAGGCCUGCAGUUUAUAUUUAUCAAAACGCUUUUUGCUAGACUUUAGCAUUCAUAUUGACAGGGGGGUGUCAACAUUUGUUCUGACACAAUGGGAUUCGAAGAUGAAGCGGACAGAACGCUUUUCAUAAGAAAUUUGGAUGCAAGAGUGACGGAGGAGCUUUUGUUCGAGUUGUUUUUACAGGCAGGACCUCUCAUCAAAACUAAAAUUCCAAAAGGCGUGGAUGGGAGACGGAAAACAUUUGGCUUUGCUGUUUACAAGCACGAAGUGUCUGCCCCAUAUGCCGUGGAUCUACUCAACGGGACGUUGCUGUUUGGGAGAAAUAUUCAUGUGCAGUUCCGUAGUGGUAGUAGUCAUAUGGGCAGUCCAGGGAACUCGCAGAACUCAAGUCCUGCAAAUACCCCAAAUCCCCAUGGCCAGAGGAACCCAAUCCAGUUGAGUCCUCCAACAUAUACUCCUCCCCCCCAAACGCAGAGGUCCUUUACAUCUCCGGACAGUCUACAGAAGCAUGUCAUGAUGAACAACAUGAUGUGGAAGCUCCACACGCAGCAGCUUGAGCAGUUGAAUGGCAGCAUCUCCAAGCCCCCACAGAGGCAGUCCCCUGCAGCUGGAGAUUCAGGCAGAGGAGGCUCAAGGCAACACAAUGACAGCCCCUAUCGCCACCAUCCAUUCCAAGUGAACAGCGGCGGCAGAAACCAGCGUUACGCAGAUGAAGCAGGUUCUGGCCGUUAUCAGCAACACAACCGCGACAGCUAUCACCACCAGAACAACAAGAGCGGCAGCCCGGCACCUCACACCAAGGGGGGGCAGCCGAUAGAUGGCGACGGUACUGAUAAGACGCUAAGGAUUUCUGUAAGGACUUCAGUUCUUCACAAAUUUGUGGACACUACUAAAGAGGAUCAUCAGUUAUGUUGA